AUGGUGCUGGCUUACAUCCAGUACCUGAACCCCCGCUUUGCUGCUCUCUUAGCUCAUGCCUUGUUGAGUACCCUGCAGAGCCCGCUUCCUCCAACGGUGGAAUUGCUGGGCCUGCUACAGAUCAGGAACUCACUGCUUCCUCAGAGGGGCGGCGACCCCACUGCUCUGGAACCGCGACCACCCCCAGCGAGGCUCCUCUCUGCCAUUCCCCUCACCCUCCUCUCUGCCAUUCUCCUGGUGGACCUCCAGGCCUGGACAGAGCCACUCCAGGCAAGAACUGAUGAGAUGCCAGCCCAGGAGCAGCCUCCAGCAAACGACCAAGAUGUGGUCAUUUACUUAUCAGGAGAUGACAGCUCCUCUCUUCAGGUUCCAGGCUCAACGAAGGGCUUGAUCUGCCAUUGCAGAGUACUCUACUGCCUUUUUGGAGAACAUCUUGGUGGGACCUGCUUCAUCCAUGGUGAACGCUCCCCAAUCUGCUGCUACUAA